AUAAAGCCGAGUGUCUUCAGCAGUUGCGGGGGAGGGUUUUUGCGUCCUGGCGAGGCGGGGAGAGCGGUCGAAGCCUUGCAGCCCUCCGGAGCGGGGAGCAGUCACUCCCGCUUCCGAGCAGACUCCACGCAGCGUGGCUCUGCCCCUCUGUGCCUCUGGACUCCCCAGAGAAAGAGGUGGCAACCUUCCCUCCCUCCCACAUUCACUCGCCGCCCCGAAUGACAAAGACAAGCUGUGACCAUUGCUUUGAACCACCUCGGUAUCCGGCCGCUUUUGCUCAGAUGUCACCGGGAUGAAAGAAAGACAAUUCAUUAUACUCGCCUGCCUGCAUGCGUCUUUAUUCAGAAUGACCGUUUAAUGCAAGGAAUACGCGCACCCACAGAUCUCGCAGCAACUUGUUUUCCCACAGGGGGAGAGAGCAGCUGGAUUCGUGCCGCCCCCCUCCCCGCUGCGCACACACGCACACGCCGGGUCGCUUUCCACGGGCUGCCCUGAGCUCGCCCCCAGGUCCCCCCUCUCCCUCCAGCCUGCCGGGUUCCCCCCCUUUUUUCCCUCUGAGAACCCACCGGAGAGGACAGACACAGGAGCCAGGCACCACCCGCAGCGCAGGGGCAGGGGCACGCAAAUGCCAGAGGCGAUUAAAUGGCACAAAGUCAAAAGGAGAGGCGAACUAGGGACACUAGGACAGACAAAGUUGAACGGAGAGCUUAACGUUAAAGUUUAUUUCCCACUUACCCAGGAAACCCACAAGCACGCUGAAAAGGCACAUUCAAAUCAUGGAAAUAGGAAGUGCAUGAAAACAAAGCCCAAAAGGCUCAAACAGCACUGGGAAACAGGACGAAAGUCUGAGAUCUAAGGCAGCCCCCCUUCCUCCCUGGAGUUUUAUGCCGUUCCGGUGACUGCAGCUAUUUCACAAAAGCACUGACACGACAGGGGAAGGUGGGAAUCUGUGCGAAAUGAGUUUUCUUACCAGCGUGAUUCCACAAAAUGCAGAGCCCCGAGCGUGCACCAGCUCUGCCUAAGAGAAAGGCGAAUAAACAUUUGCUUAAAAAAUCGUUGCUCGGUUCACAGUCUACAGCGGAGGUGGGGAGGGAACGGGUAGGAGAGAAUCACUAUAGAUCACGGGUUAGAGACAGCAACAGCAGCAACGCUCGGGCGUGUAAUGAGGAUCGGUUCUGAGGACAGAACUGGUGUUUUGUGAUGAGCAGCUAUCCCACUUGCAGCACUAGCAGCAGCAGAGACAGAGGGUAAGGCUGGGCUUUCUGGAGUGCAGCGCUUGACUCGUCCUCCUCCUCCUCCCUCCUCCUCCUCCUCCCUCCCUCUCUCACUCUCGCUCUCUCUCUCCCUCUCUCUUUCUGUGUGUAUGUAGCGCAGGCGGCUGUACUGCUGCAGCGUCAGGGAAGAGCUACCGAGAGAGGCUUCAGCAGCUCCCACCACUUUGGGCAAACUUGCCGGUUUACUGCUUUUUUUUUCUUUUUUUUUUUUUUUUUUUCUUCCGAGUGGGAAGCUUCUCAGUUGCCAUUCAACAUUUUAAAGCACAAGCCGCUCUGCCGUGAAAGCGCCUGAGCCACACUUCUCUGAAAGACACAGGAGGGAAUACACAAUUGCAGAUUUCACCCACCGUGGCGGUGCAGAUCACAGGAAACAACUGACUGAUACAAUUUUAUUUGCAAAUAGAACUCCGUGGGUUUUUUUUGUUGCUUUUUUUUUUUUUUUUUUUUUUUUUUAAAUCGCGCCGCGGCUCUUUUCCCCUCCCCUUUGCCAUUCCGCUUAUAUGGAUGUAAUUCAGAAUCUGUGUUAAUUCACGUGGGGGAUCCAGUUACAUCUUGUUCCGCUCCGGGUGUAUUAACGAGAGACCAAUAAUCGCCUUUGGACACAUAGUUUUGUUGCUAACCUUUGAACUGAAAGGAUCAAGUUCAGAUCUGGUUACCUGCAUUGGGACGGGAAGGAAGAGGAGAGAGAGAGAGAGGGAGAGGGAGAGAGAGACUGCAAUCUCAUUUGUGAAUCGCUCUCAGUGCUGCAGAUCCAGAUUGCUAUAACACAUGCAGUGCAAAUGCAGGUAAGGCACACACACAAACUGCGGAUGCAAAAACAAACUUGGGACUGUUGUGUGUGUAUGUUCAUAUCUACAGCCUUGCAAAUUCCGGGCAAAAGGCUUCUGCAGUUUCUGUAUCGUUGCUUUGUGACUAAUGACCUUGCGCAGAGUUGUUAAAAAAAAUCCUCUCCGGAGAAAGAGCUGAACAUUUCAGGCGAUCUCUGAAGAUGGAUUUGGGUGCUUUUCUGCCAGCCAAAGGGGAUAUUUUAUGGACUGCUCUGUAAUACACGGGGUUCUUCUCCUACCAAUUGUGCAGCUACCGACAUUAUUGGGAUUUUUUUUCUUUGCCUUUUAAAUUAUUAUAUAUUUUUAAAGAACUGCCCGUUGCUAAAAGGAUUUGGAGUUUUCCCGGACACAAGCCCUUUGAAUAAAGCAAAUCACAUUUUUUUUACUGUGUGUGCAGAGAGGGGAAAGAAUAAAGCUAAUGCAUUGGUCGUAAACGGCUGAGAGAGAGAGAGAGAGAGAGAGAGGAGAGAGAGAGAGUGUGUGAAUUGUAGUUAACUCUAGUGUCGAAGAAGACGACCUGGGGGGCUUCAAAUCGCACAGUGCUGCUCCUGCUUUUAUUGCAAACCUUGCAAAGUGAUUACAGUAAAAUCAGAGAGGAGGAGGAGGAGAAGGGGGAGGAGGAGGAAAAUCCCAUCCUAUCUGCCGAGAUGAAUCUUUAAAAAGCAAAAUACACUGUCCCGUGAACUGUAAGUAUAUCGCAACUGGAAGGCAGGGAGAGCAGCAGAGGAGCCAACAGCAGGCUUUUGGCCACCGAUUGCACCAGCCAUGAGACAAUAAGUUUCCAGAAGCAGAAGGAUUUUAUAACUGAUCACCUCGGACGCUCAGCUGUUCUGUUGGCUUACCAGGGGAGUUUACUGGGGGGCGGGUGGGAGUGAGAGGAGGGGGGUUUUCAGUGCGAAGAAGAUGAGGAAAAUGCGGACUCUCCUUGGCUUUGUGCAUUGCUGCUGCUGCUGCUUCUUGCUCCUCCUGCCUCCGCCGCUCUGGGUCAGCCUGGCAGCGGCCAAGCAGCUCCUGAGGUACCGGCUGGCCGAGGAGGGACCCGCCGACAUCCGCAUCGGCAACGUGGCUGCCGACCUGGGGAUCGUGACGGGCUCCGGAGAGGUGACAUUCAGCCUGGAAUCGGGCUCCGACUACCUCAAGAUCGAUAACAUGACCGGGGAGCUGAGCACCACGGAGCGGCGCAUCGACCGUGAGAAGCUGCCGCAGUGCCAGAUGAUCUUCGACGAGAAUGAGUGCUUCCUGGACUUCGAGGUGUCGGUCAUCGGCCCCUCGCAGAGCUGGGUGGACCUCUUCGAGGGCCGGGUCAUCAUCCUGGACAUCAACGACAACACCCCCACCUUCCCUUCCCCUGUCCUCACGCUCACCGUGGAGGAGAACCGGCCCGUGGGGACCCUCUACCUGCUCCCCACCGCCACCGACAGGGACUUCGGCCGCAAUGGCAUCGAGCGCUACGAGCUGCUGCAGGAGCCCGGCGGGGACGGGGGACGGCGCGGCGGCGGUGGCGGUGGUGGCGGCGGCGGGGGCGGCGGCGGGGGGGGGUCGGUGCCCACCGGCUCGGAGAGCGCCCUCUACCCCGGCGGCAGCAAGCGGAGGCAGGAGGCGGAUGCAGCGGCUCGCAGCAGCGUGUUCGAGCUGCAGGUGGCCGACACCCUGGACGGGGAGAAGCAGCCGCAGCUGAUCGUCAAGGGGGCGCUGGACCGCGAGCAGCGGGACUCCUACGAGCUGAGCCUCCGCGUGCGGGACGGCGGCGACCCGGCGCGCUCGUCGCAGGCCAUCCUGCGGGUGCUGAUCACCGACGUGAACGACAACAGCCCCCGCUUCGAGAAGAGCGUCUAUGAGGCGGACCUGGCCGAGAACAGCAGCCCCGGUACCCCCAUCCUGCAGCUGCGAGCCGCCGACCUGGACGUGGGGGUGAACGGGCAGAUUGAGUAUGUCUUCGGGGCGGCCACCGAGUCCGUGAGGCGCCUGCUGCGGCUGGACGAGACCUCGGGCUGGCUCAGCGUCUUGCACCGCAUCGACCGGGAAGAGGUGAACCAGCUUCGCUUCACCGUGAUGGCCCGAGACCGCGGGCAGCCCCCCAAGACUGACAAGGCCACGGUGGUCCUGAACAUCCGCGACGAGAACGACAACGUGCCCACCAUCGACAUCCGGAAAAUCGGGCGCAUCCCGCUGCGGGACGGGGUGGCCAGCGUGGCAGAGGACGUCCUGGUAGACACUCCCAUCGCCCUGGUGCAGGUGUCGGACCGGGACCAGGGUGAAAACGGCGUGGUGACCUGCACCGUGGUGGGCGACGUGCCCUUCCAGCUCAAGCCGGCCAGCGAGGGCGAAGGGGAGCCGCAGAACAAGCGCAAGUAUUUCCUCCACACUUCGGCCCCACUGGACUACGAGGCGGUCCGCGACUACAACGUGGUGAUCGUGGCCGUGGACUCGGGCAGCCCCAGCUUGUCCAGCAACAACUCUUUGCUGGUGCGGGUCGCCGACACCAACGACAACCCUCCCGUGUUCGGCCAGGCCGUGCUGGAGGUCUCCUUCCCGGAGAACAACCUGCCCGGCGAGAGGGUGGCCACGGUGGUGGCCACGGACGCGGACAGCGGUAAGAACGCCGAGCUCACCUACUCCCUGGAGCCCUCGCCCCUCUCCUCGGAGACGCCGGGCGGCAUCUUCAGCAUCGACCCUGACUCCGGGGACGUGUCGGUGCAGGCGGUGCUGGACCGCGAGCAGCGCGACACCUACGAGUUCCAGGUGACGGCCCGGGACAAGGGGGUGCCGUCACUGCAGGGCUCCACCACGGUGGUGGUGCGGGUGGCGGACCGCAACGACAACGAGCCGCGCUUCAUGCAGGACGUGUUCACUUUCUACGUGAAGGAGAACCUGCAGCCCAACAGCCCCGUGGGCAUGGUGACCGUGAUGGACUUCGACAAGGGGCGCAACGCUGAACUCAGCCUUUCCAUCCAGCCCGGCGAGCACGACCAGGCGGCCGGCAUCUUCUCCAUCGAGAACGACACGGGAACCAUCUACUCCACCGUCUCCUUCGACCGGGAGCAGCAGACCAGCUACACCUUCAAAGUGAAGGCGGUGGAUGGGGGCGAGCCGCCGCGCUCGGCCACCGCUACCGUGUCCCUCUUCGUGAUGGACGAGAACGACAACGCGCCCGCCGUCACCUUCCCCAGCAACAGCUCCUACACUGUGCUGCCGCCCUCCAGUAACAUGCGCACCGUGGUGGCCACCGUGGUGGCCACCGACGCCGACACCGGCCUCAACGCCGACCUCAACUACAGCAUCGUCGGGGGCAACCCCUUCAAGCUCUUCGAGAUCGACCCGGCCAGCGGCGUGGUGUCGCUGGUGGGCAAGCUGGCCCCCAAGCACUAUGGCCUGCACCGCCUCGUGGUGCAGGUGAACGACAGCGGGCAGCCGCCCCAGUCCACCACCGCCCUGCUCCACGUCUUCGUCAACGAGAGCCUGUCCAACGCCACCGUGGUGGAGAGCCAGGUGGCCCGCAGCCUCCACACGCCUCUGGCCCAGGACAUCGCCGGCGACCCCAGCUACGAGCUGAGCAAGCAGCGGCUUAGCAUUGUCAUCGGCGUGGUGGCCGGCAUCAUGACCGUCAUCCUCCUCAUCCUGGUGGUGGUCAUGGCCCGCUACUGCCGCUCCAAGGGCAAGCACGGCUACGAGGCCGGCAAGAAGGACCACGAGGACUUCUUCACCCCGCAGCAGCACGACAAGGCCAAGAAGCCCAAGAAGGACAAGAAAGGCAAGAAGGGCAAGCAGCCCCUCUACAGCAGCAUCGUCACCGUCGAAGCCUCCAAGCCCAACGGGCAGCGCUACGACAGCGUCAACGAGAAGCUCUCGGACAGCCCCGGUAUGGGGCGCUACCGCUCGGUCAACGGGGGCCCGGGCAGCCCCGACCUGGCCAGGCACUACAAGUCCAGCUCGCCGCUGCCCACCGUCCAGCUGCACCCCCAGUCCCCCACCGCCGGCAAAAAGCAUCAGGCCGUGCAGGACCUGCCCCCGGCCAACACCUUCGUGGGCGCCGGCGACAACAUCUCCAUCGGGUCGGACCACUGCUCCGAGUACAGCUGCCAGGCCAGCAGCAAGUACGGCAAGCAGGUGGAUACAAUGCAGACUACGCAGCACCCUGGCCACAUUGAGGAAUCAUGUAAAAUGAAUCCAUUUCGUAGAGUGACGUUUUCUGUUGUGAGUCAGCCUCAGGACCCACAUCAAGGGUCAUUGCAGAGUUGCUAUGACAGCGGUCUGGAGGAGUCAGAAACACCAAGCAGUAAGAGUUCAUCAGGGCCAAGACUGGGUGCCCUUCCACUCCCAGAGGACAACUACGAAAGGACUACGCCGGAUGGCAGUGUUGGUGAGGCAGAGCAUAUGGAAAAUGAUUCAAGGCCUCUGCCAGAUGUAGCCCUGACAGGGAAGUGUACCCGAGAAUGUGAUGAAUAUGGCCACUCGGACUCCUGCUGGAUGCCAGUUCGCACUUCUCCUGAAAGGAAGCAGAAGAGCCAGCCAAAACUCUCCACUUUCAUGCCUGUUGAUGAACGGGGCAGUCAGGAAAAGCUGGCCAAUGGAGAAGCUUCCCUCAUGGGUGAUCGCAACAGAAACCUCCUUAACAAAAAGUUGACCUCAUCUUAUGAGACCUUCAGCGCGGCUAGUUUCAGCAAAAAAGAAGAAGGCAAUCCAGAGGAUAUCCCCCUUACACAGACAGGGGAAUACAAGCCAUCUCCUGUCAAUACUCUAACUAGAAGAGAAGUUUACCUGUAGGCUAAAAAGCAGCAACAAAAUUCUUUCAUGUUAUAGGAAAGAAAAAGGGGUAAAAGUCCUAAAAGCAAAACAAUUUUAACAAAAAAUAAGAAACAAAAAGAGGAGGCCACCAAAGAGACAAAAGCUCUGCCUGCCACUUCUGCCUCCAUAGCAGGCAUUUAAUUAUACUGUCUGCCUGACUAUACUGUACAAUGUAGAAAAUGUUGUUACUUGCAUGUCUAAUCCCCCCCCACCGAUUUUUAUUUUCCUAAAUCUAUGGUGCAAAUUCCUCCCAUAGUAAUGAGCUUGAUUAAAAAGAACACAACACAACGUUGUUUCCCCUCUGCAGAAGCAUGAGUUAAGCCACUCGUUUUGUUUGAUUGUCAUCUGGCUUGUUAAGGGUAACAGGUCAGGGAAAAUGUAUUCAAAACAUAUCAUCUGAAUAUUGCUGAUCCCCACCAGGGACAAUCCUUCAGAAACCAUGCAGAUAUAGAGAUAAAUACAAAAGAAUAAUCAUUAAUAGGCACUUUGUGAAGACCACAGCUUUAAUAUUCUCACCUCUCAUCUGAGGCUGGAAGCAACAGAGAUAUGUUCAGCCUGAGACUGCAGUCCAAAACAAGGCAUACUUUCCUAUGAAUCAUGAACUCUGGUUCUGUUUUAUCCAUAGAACAAAUGUGUUCUUGCUGUGUCUCUUUCUCUCCUCCUCUCUCGUUCUCUGUAAUGAUUACUUCAAUGUAAACGCAAUUAGUAACACAUAUACUGUAGCAUAGUAAUGAUAAACUCUUUAAUUAAUUAUUUUGGACAAGACUAACAUCUAGCUGGGAAGAUAGUAAUAACAAAAAGGCCAAAGAUCACACUAUGGAUCAGGGGAACUGCUAAGUAUUGGGGCUUGGCAUAGAAAACUAAUAUACUCACAAAUAAGACGUACUCAUAACACACCUUCAGUUACAAUUUUCACGGCAGCACAAUCCACAAGCCCAGCUGACAUAAUAUUUUUUCCAAUGUGGUUCAGUUGAAUGCCCAAAGGAACUGAUUUUUAAAAUUUUCUUUUCUUUUUUUUUUUUUUUUUUAAAUGAUGCAAUAUGUUGCAGCAAGUGCUGUAUGAUACUGCCAGUUCCAGGGAAUUUUUAAGAUCAUAAU